CUCCAUUAACAAACACAUCAAGUUUCAUACUCAUAAAGCCAUCUAAUCUUUCCCCAAGAUCAAUGAAACUUCCUUCACCAAUGUCUUCUUAUUUCAAUCUUGAAUUCUUUCCCAAGUCUCCUUGUUCAUGGGAUGAGCUUUUAUUCUCUCACCAUAUGCUCUCAGAAGUCCAUAUCAAAGAAGAAGAAAAUCUCGUUUUCAAGGAUCCUAAUGAGUUCCAAUAUGAGCAUUCAUCCGAAACAGAUCCAAACAAAACCUCACAACCCGAAAAGGGUACCUUAGAAGCGAUUGCAAAGCCAAAAGAAGAGCCUGAAGUCCACAAAAAGCGGUUCAUAGGCGUACGGAAAAGACCCUGGGGGAAGUUUGCAGCAGAGAUAAGGGAUUCCACAAGAAACGGGAUUAGGGUUUGGCUAGGUACGUUUGAUAGCGCCGAAGAGGCUGCUUUAGUUUACGACCAAGCGGCAUUUGCGAUGCGAGGUUCCUCUACUCAACUCAACUUCCCAAUGGAGAGAGUGAAAGAGUCUUUAAAAGGGAAAGGCUACAGCAGUUUCAAAGAUGGAUCUUCACCAGCAGCAGCCAUAAAGGAGACUCAUCGUGUUAGAAGAAAUUCCAAAAGUAAGAGAAACAGUAGGAAUCAAGUGUGUUCAGAAAUUCCUAUGGUAAUUGAGGAUUUAGGAUCUGAUUUGCUGGAAAAGCUCCUGUUUACAAGAAUUUCUAAAAGUAAGAGAAACAAUAAGAAUCAAGUCUGUUGUGAAACUCCUGUGGUUUUUGAGGAUUUAGGAUCCGAUUUGCUAGAACAACUCUUGUUUACAUCUGAGAGUUCUAGUUCUAGUACAUGUUCGUAGAUUUACAUUCAGCAAAUUAAAUACUUUGUGAAUCGUUUUGCUUUGAA